GAGAUGCUUCAAUUCGUUUUGCUCGCUUUCCUCUUCGCUGCGGCGACGUCGCAGCAGGUGGCUCCGUGCAGGUGCGGCGCCUUCGUCACCGCCGACUCUGGGCAGCUCAUGCUGUAUGAGCUUCCCCCUGUGGAAGUGCACAGCUGCGACCAGAACCAUCCUUGCCAGAACCGCUGCUUCGAGGAGUUCGAACUGCUGUCUGGAGGCGGCGACUUGGAUUUCGUCGGUUCCACCAACGCGACUGUUGGCGAGGUCUUGUGCGAAGCGGCUGGAAUGGCCGUCGAUAGCGAAUACGUGUACGCCUAUUCAGAGCUCUGCGACGGCCCCUGGGAGUGGACUGGCGACGUGACUCAGCAGCCCCUCUGCUGCACCGACGCGGCUGAGUACGUUCCCUGCGAGACGGGGACAACAAUGUAUGUGUAAUGAAGUUUGGCCUUGCAGCCCUUCACGUCAACGAACAGGAUAAUGUU